GUUGUACAUUUUAGAGUACGGGCUGGCGUGGCAACCCAACUACCAACUGUUGUAUUUUAUGGUCUCAAUUGGCCCAUCAAACCAUCCAAAUUGGCUGUAUCUCGUAACAACGGUAAAUACCACAAAUUCCCAUCUCCGGACCAUUUAACGACACGUCUCUUUCUUUCUCUGGGCAACCAUUAAGCUACUGGGCCGGCCCAACGAGUAAACCCAAUAACUCAAUUUAGAUUCGAAGGCCCAAAACCCGCCAUAUUAGGCCCAGCUUCAAGACGGGCGCCUUAAAACCCGAAAUACGAACUCCGUCCGCCUCCAAUGGCGGGGACUUCUCGCGCCAGCCUCUCCUUCGCCUCACCGCCGGCCGUAACCACCGUCGCUUCCACCUCUGGCGGCAGAUUCCGGCUCCGCCCAAUCCUCGUCGCUUCCUCGUGCCCUUCAUUUCCUUCGAGGUCGCUACGGAGGAAAAACUACCUGCGUCCUAAAAUCCUCAAAACCCUAACUAAACCCUCGCCAACUGCUCCUCAUCUUCCGGAGAUUGCUGCACCAGCUGAAGAAUUGGAACUCCCCGUCGCUCCUCCGCCUCGAUUGGAGCAGGUUGACGAUGCUUUCUUGGAUGAAUCCCAGAAGGAGGAGGUUUUGCCCGCGGGAGGGAUGGAAGAAGUUGAGAGCUAUCGAGCAUCGGAGACAGUUGAUAAUGCUGGAAAUCUUGGGGGAUUAGUUGGUAAGCUACCUGUGAAUUCUGUUUUGAAGUUUGCUGUCUUCUUGCUGGGCUGCUUCGUACUCGAGACGGCAGUUGUUGUGCUGUUUUUUGGAACGCCGGAGAAGGAUGAGAGGUUGAGAAGUUUGGAUAAGAGAAGGAAUUUAGGGUCUCAGUUUGGGAAUGGGGAUGACAUUGGUGAUGGUGGUGAAUUUGAUGAGAAGGUCAAUGAGAUUAGGGCCAUGGCGAGGGAGGCGAGAAAGAGUGAGAGAAGGCAGGUGGUGGAAGGUGAGCAAGAGAUUGGGAUUGAGAAGGAAGUGAGUGAACGGUUGGUGAAGCUGCAGAAGAAACUGGAUUACAAGAGGGAUAAGUUGCCUGGACCGAUUGUCGAUUCUCUGGGGCUGUCGGCAAAUCACGAAGACGAUGUAGUUGGAGAAGAUGAAUCUGUGCCAUUGAUGUUCAAGAAAAAACCUAGAUUUAGAAGCCCGUCAGUCAAUCCCAGGGGCACUCCAAAGGGAUUCUCGGGUUCGGUAAGAGGAAAAGACCUGAAUGGUGCAUCUAGACAGGGUGGUUUCGGGGUUAGUAAAAAUAAUAAGAGCAUGAAAGCUGGGAGUUCUGGAACGAGUUCAUUGAGAAAUGCCGGGAAUUCAAGAAAGGAAAGUGAUUCUGGUGCUCACCAGGAGUCUACUGAAGGUGUACCUACAGGUGAAGUCACUAAAUCUCAGAGGAGUGUUAUUGAGAACUUAAACAUUGGGAGUGUAACGAGAGACAAACAGGAAACCAACAUUAACCCCAACAGCGUAGAUUCUUUGAGUAGAGGUGGUGGAGUAGAUGGCACACAGAAACCCGUGAAGAGUAAUUUGAAGGAUAAAAAGGCAGAUCUAGGGACAAAUAUCUGGUGGUCAAAGCUUUCUUAUGUUAUGGCUAUCCUUAUGCGCAGAGGGGUGGAAGAUGAAGGAGAAGAGGGGCUUUUUGUUGUACGACGAAGUUCUGAGGCAUCCAACCAAGGAAACUCUUACACUCUUGCAUUUCAAGACCGCUCGGAUGCAAAUAACUUUUGCUUUCUACUUGAAUCUUUUUUCGAGGGGUUAGGUGACUUCAGUGCUGAUAUUGUUCCGCUGUCAGUACGAGAACUUAGCGAGGCGAUGAAAUCAGAUUCCAAGAAAGUUAUUGUUGUGAAGAAGGGCCAACUUAAGCUUUAUGCCGGUCAACCAUUCAAUGAAGUUGAGAGCGCUUUACAGUCUCUGAUCGAAGAGAAUCAAAGCGAAUAACUGUCAGGUGGUCAGUUUUAAGGCUCUUUGUGUUUCUUUGUAGUCUGAUGACGAGCUUCUCCUUAUGGAUUCACUCGAUUCACCGUGUUUUGUCGACUAUAGAAAUGAGGAAAGUUUCCUUAUCUCUUGAGACAUUCACCGAGUUUUGUCGACUAUAGAAACGAGGAAAGUUUGCUUUUCUUUUGAGACAUCAUCGUAAACCAUAUGU